AUGGACGUGGACGUGGACGUGGACGUAGGCUUGAACGUGGAAAUGGACGUGGACGUGGACGUGGACGUAGACGUGGACGUGGACGUGGACGUGGACGUGGGCGUGGACGUGGACGUGGACGUGGACGUGGACGUGGACCUGGACGUGGACGUGGACGUGGACCUGGUCGUGGACGUGGACGUGGAGGACGUGGACGUGGACGUGGACGUGGAGAUGGACGUGGACGUGGACGUGGACGUGGACGUAGACUUGAACGUGGACGUGGACGUGGACGUGGACGUGGACAUGGACGUGGACGUGGACGUGGACAUGGACGUGGACGUGGACGUGGACCUGGACCUGGUCGUGGACGUGGACGUCGACGUGGACGUGGACGUGGACGUGGACAUGGACGUGGAGGACGUGGACAUGGACGUUGACGUGGACGUGGACGUGGACGUGGAGAUGGACGUGGACGUGGACGUGGACGUGGACUUGGACGUGGACGUGGACGUGGACGUGGACGUGGACGUGGACAUGGACGUGGACGUGGACGUGGACGUGGACGUGGACGUGGACGUGGACGUGGACGUGGACAUGGACGUGGACGUGGACGUGGACAUGGACGUGGACGUGGACGUGGACGUGGACAUGGACGUGGACGUGGACGUGGACAUGGACGUGGACGUGGACGUGGACGUGGACGUGGACAUGGACGUGGACGUGGACGUGGACGUGGACGUGGACGUGGUCGUGGACGUGGACAUGGACAUGGACGUGGACGUGGACGUGGAGGACGUGGACGUGGACAUGAACGUGGACGUGGACGUGGACGUGGACGUGGACGUGGACGUGAACAUGGACGUGGACGUGGACGUGGAGGACUUGGAGGUGGACAUGGACGUGGACGUGGACAUGGACGUGGACGUGGACGUGGACGUGGACAUGGACGUGGACGUGGACGUGGACGUGGACGUGGACGUGGACGUGGAGGACUUGGAGGUGGACAUGGACGUGGACGUGGACGUGGAGAUGGACGUGGACGUGGACGUGGACGUGGACGUAGACGUGGACGUGGACGUGGAGAUGGACGUGGACGUGGACGUGGACAUGGACGUGGACGUGGACGUGGACGUGGACGUGGACGUGGACGUGGACGUGGACGUGGACAUGGACGUGGACGUGGACGUGGACAUGGACGUGGACGUGGACGUGGACGUGGACAUGGACGUGGACGUGGACAUGGACGUGGACGUGGACGUGGACGUGGACGUGGAGGACGUGGACAUGGACGUGGACGUUGACGUGGACGUGGACAUGGACGUGGACGUGGAGAUGGACGUGGACGUGGACGUGGACGAGGACGUGGACGUGGACGUGGAGAUGGACGUGGACGUGGACGUAGACGUGGACGUGGACGUGGAGAUGGACGUGGACGUGGACGUGGAGGACUUGGAGGUGGACAUGGACGUGGACGUGGACGUGGAGAUGGACGUGGACGUGGACGUGGACGUGGACGUAGACGUGGACGUGGACGUGGAGAUGGACGUGGACGUGGACGUGGACAUGGACGUGGACGUGGACGUGGACGUGGACGUGGACGUGGACGUGGACGUGGACGUGGACAUGGACGUGGACGUGGACGUGGACAUGGACGUGGACGUGGACGUGGACGUGGACAUGGACGUGGACGUGGACAUGGACGUGGACGUGGACGUGGACGUGGACGUGGAGGACGUGGACAUGGACGUGGACGUUGACGUGGACGUGGACAUGGACGUGGACGUGGAGAUGGACGUGGACGUGGACGUGGACAUGGACGUGGACGUGGACAUGGACGUGGACGUGGACGUGGACGUAGACGUGGACGUGGACGUGGAGAUGGACGUGGACGUGGACGUGGACAUGGACGUGGACGUGGACGUAGACUUGAACGUGGACGUGGACGUGGACGUGGACGUGGACAUGGACGUGGACGUGGACGUGGACAUGGACGUGGACGUGGACGUGGACCUGGACCUGGUCGUGGACGUGGACGUCGACGUGGACGUGGACGUGGACGUGGACAUGGACGUGGAGGACGUGGACAUGGACGUGGACGUUGACGUGGACGUGGACGUGGACGUGGAGAUGGACGUGGACGUGGACGUGGACGUGGACUUGGACGUGGACGUGGACGUGGACGUGGACGUGGACGUGGACAUGGACGUGGACGUGGACGUGGACGUGGACGUGGACGUGGACGUGGACGUGGACGUGGACAUGGACGUGGACGUGGACGUGGACAUGGACGUGGACGUGGACGUGGACGUGGACAUGGACGUGGACGUGGACGUGGACAUGGACGUGGACGUGGACGUGGACGUGGACGUGGACAUGGACGUGGACGUGGACGUGGACGUGGACGUGGACGUGGACGUGGUCGUGGACGUGGACAUGGACAUGGACGUGGACGUGGACGUGGAGGACGUGGACGUGGACAUGAACGUGGACGUGGACGUGGACGUGGACGUGGACGUGGACGUGGACGUGGACGUGAACAUGGACGUGGACGUGGACGUGGAGGACUUGGAGGUGGACAUGGACGUGGACGUGGACAUGGACGUGGACGUGGACGUGGACGUGGACAUGGACGUGGACGUGGACGUGGACGUGGACGUGGACGUGGACGUGGAGGACUUGGAGGUGGACAUGGACGUGGACGUGGACGUGGACGUGGACGUGGACGUGGACGUGGACGUGGACAUGGACGUGGACGUGGACGUGGAGGUGGACGUGGACGUGGACGUGGGCGUGGACGUGGACGUGGACGUGGACGUGGACGUGAACCUGGACGUGGAGGUGGACGUGGACGUGGACGUGGACGUGGACGUGGACGUGGACAUGGACGUGGACGUGGACGUGGGCCUAGCCU